ACAGGGGUAUGUGGUUCCUCUGGGAAUCGAAGCCUUACUUCUCUUCUGCUCUCUGCUUGCAGCAGUGCUAACUGCUACACAAAUAAACAGCAGAAUACUAUCUUAUAUAUAUACACACACACACAUAUAUAUGUAUAUAUGUAUAUAUAUAUAAAUAUAAAGAGUCAGUCUUACACCUACUCCCACCAUCUCUUUUAAGUCACAAUUAUAUUACACACUCUCACACACACAUAUGUAUAGUCACCAUAUUCCCCCUUGUGGUUUAGGUAACAGCUAACUUAGAGCAGCUAAAUAAACCCUUAACCCUGCACUAAUUAUUUGCAUCUAAAACAAGCUUUGAAUAUAGAUUCACAAUCGAAGCCUCUGAAGAUCAAUAACUGGACUCAUCCCACUCUGUUUUAGAAACAUCACACGCCCCGUCAGUCAUGUAACAAGUGAAAUGAGCCAGUGAUGAAGAAAAAUCAGGACACAGCCAAAACUGUAAUUGCCGUUCAAAGUCUAGUUUUUUUAUAGGCACCUUUUUUUUUCUUUUUUUUUUUUUUUUUGCAGCUCUCAUACAGAAAAUGUGCUUAAUCCGACAAGGGAUUAACUGUGAUGCUGAGGACCAGUCUCAAUCUCCCUAAGGCAGUUUGUCAAGGAGAUUUUUGACAUGGGAAGUUCAGAUGGUCCGCCACGGAACUGGAAGGGCAUCGGAAUUGCCAUGGUGGUGAUCCUGGCCGUUAUGUCUCUGGUCAUUCUCUCUGUCAUCCUUCUGACUCCUGAUGAAUCACACUUGCUCCUUCGUUCCCAUCUGACCAUGGAGGACCUGGAGCGUGAGGAAUUCAAAGUUCAUGACCCCUGUGUGGCAUGGUUGAACGACAACGAAGUGGCCGUGCGUACCAGAGAGGGACACAUCCUGUCAUUCAACCUGAACAGCAACUUCACCACCACUGUGCUGGACAACAGUUCCCUGGAUCUGGCUAGCACCAAAUUCCAAGUGUCUGCAGACAAGAGGUUUGUCCUCCUGGCUUAUAACAUCCAAAUGGUUUUCACUCAGUCCUACACAGCCUCCUAUGCUAUCUACAAUGUGGCUAAUGGGGAUCUAUCGGAGCUGAACCCUCCAGAGAGGCAGAAGGCAGCGCUGCUGUACGCGUCCUGGGGGCCACAGGGGAACCAGCUGGCCUUUGUGUUCGAUGGCGAUAUCUACUACAAACCGAGCGUCAACGCUGAAGCCAUGCGUCUUACAACCACUGGCCAGGGACAUAAUAUGGUGAAUGGCAUCUCUGACUGGACCUACGAAGAGGAGGUGCUUCUGACCUCUGCUGCCCACUGGUGGUCUAUGGAUGGAGCCAGGCUGGCCUACCUAAGCAUCAACAACUCUGCCACACCUGUGAUGGAAAUACCCCAGUUCUUAGGUGGUCUUUACCCGUCCAACAUGCUCUUCCCUUACCCCAAGGCUGGAUCAAGUAUCCCAUCAGUCAGUCUGUUUGUGGUGAAUCUUUAUGGCCCCGCUCACACUCUGGAGAUGAUGCCUCCUGACUCCCUCAGGACCAGAGAAAGCUAUAUCUCUAUGGUGACGUGGAUCAGCAGCACCCGGCUGGCAGUUCGAUGGCUCAACCGUGCCCAGAAUCAGUCAGUGCUCUGCGUGUGCGAGGCCACGACCGGCGCGUGCUCGGAGAAACACAAAGCAGCGCUGGACAUAAUGCAGAACCAGAGACAGGACGUCCCGCUGUUUUCAGCCGACGGCUCCGUGUUUUAUACAAUACUGCCGGCCAAACAAGGCGCUCGUGGAGAGUUCCACCACAUUGCUGGGCUCUCAGCGCAGCUUGCUAUUCCGUCUGUUCCCCCUCGUUUCUUGACAUCAGGCAGCUGGGAUGUCACCAUGCUGUGUGCCAUGGAUGAAGAGGCUGGCAAACUGUACUUCCUGAGCACAGAGGAGUCCAGACAGAGCAGACACCUUUACAGUGUGGACCUAGACGGAGUGUUUCAGCGCCACUGCAUCUCCUGUUACCUCAUCGACGGAUGUGGCUUCUUCCGAGCUGAAUUCAGCCCCAAUCAAACCCACUUCACACUCUAUUGCUUAGGGCCUGGUAUCCCUAAAGUGACGGUUCACAGUACAAAGGAUCCUUACAGAUAUGUUGUCUUGGAGGAUAACAGCCCUCUGUCUAGUUCCCUGGAGGACAAGAAUCUUCCUGAGACUCUCUUCAGAACACUUUCAGCAGAAAACCAUGAUCUGUACCUGAAGCUAUCUCUACCCCAGGGUUAUGAGGCCAACCUUCACCCUCUACUUGUCAUUGUAGACGGCGUUCCUGGCAGGCAGUCUGUGACUGAAGAAUUUUCCCUGGACUGGCCUCAGGUCCUCUCCAGUGCUCAGCAUGUGGCUUUAGCCUGGGUGGACGGCAGGAGCGGCGUAGGUCGUGGACAGAAGACAACAGCUUUGGACUCGCGCAAACUGGGCUCACUCCGAGCCAAAGAUUAUCUGGCAGUAAUAGAGUUGUUGAUGCAACUGCCUUACAUCGAUGACCGAAGGAUGGCUCUCUAUGGCAAGGGAUUUGGUGGUUAUUUAACACUCAAGAUGUUAGCUUCAACCGAUAAACUGUUCCUUUGCACUGCAGCUGCUGCACCUAUAACAGACUUCAGACUUUACAGUGCAGCAUUCUCUGAGAGGUAUCUGGGCCUCCCAGCAAAGGAGGAGCACGCUUACUCAACCGCCUCUCUGCUGGAGGAAGUUAACAAGCUGAAAGAUGAGAAUUUUCUCAUUCUGCAUGGGACAGCAGAUGCCAGGGUACACUUCCAGCACAGUGCUGAGCUCCUGAGCCGUCUAGUGAAGGUUGAAGCAAACUACUCACUGCAGCUGUACCCGGACGAGGGCCACGUCCUGAGAGAGCCACGCAGCAUCCAGCACUUCCAGCGGACAGUGGUGAACUACCUCCAAACCUGCUUGAAGCACACUGUUCUCCUAGAUCCCAUAGAAGACGAAGAGGAGGAAGACGACUGAGCCUAGAGAUUCCCUUUCCUUCUUGUGGAAGGAUGCUCCAGGGCUGUACACCAUUUUAUGCAUUUACCUUGGGUCGGAGUUCAAGGCACACGAGCACAAGAGUGGGGACCAAACACAUCCGAUCACCUCCUAUAACUUGUGGAAAAAAAUUAUUGUAUGACUGUAUAACUUGUUGCACACGAUUGUUUUUGUUGUGUUCUUUGUUGAAGACAUUGUUUCCUGACACAGUUUCCUCCAGAUGAUGUUGACUGGAAGACAACGUUUUCUCACAUAGGUUUACAAAGACUUGAAAACAUGCAUGUCUCAACGGCUGCAUGAUGUGGAUAAGUUCACAUUGCAUUCUACGAUAUGUGUUCCCCAGGUUCAGAAUAUCACCCGUCAGAGUUGUACUGGAGCACACUAAAAGACCUACAAACUGACUCUGCAGCUGUGAGAAGGUACAGUCUAACUCAUUCAAUGUAAUUAAACUGGGAGACUUUAUCAGUCUCCCCUUUAAACCAGUUAAAUGUCAACAUUACCGUGCAGCUGCAGGAGGAAGCACAGCUAGACUCAUCAACCAGUUAUUAAAUUACUCGUAUGGGCAAUUGAAUUUUCCCUGCCCUCCUCAUCAAAUGAGCAUGUACAGAAACGUCGUUCCCAUUGAACAGAUGACCAAAAUCAAUCUCUCCAUUUUUAAAACGCUCCACUAAUACUGCCGUGCUUCUUCUUUUGUUAAUUUACUUAUUGUUGUCUUUUAAAUGCUACACUUUUUUGUGUUUUUCUUGUGGCGUAAACAGUUUCUGUCUUCGAUCAGGACUAGUGUGCAGAGUAGAGGCACAGGAGCCAUGGACAGCAGAUCUUAAGCUCCCUGAAAUGCCCCUUGGUCAGUCAAAGUGGUUUGACAUUUAAUUGGACAAUGGAUGGAUUUAAAACUAAAACCUAUAGCAUUUAAUGAGUUGAAAUUAUUUAAAAAGUAGGGCUGUUUGAUUUUUCAUUUUCUCAGCAGUAUGUAGUGUAAGAGCAACGAUGUGGAUGGACAGUGGGAUUAUUGGCUACACAUUCAGGGUCAUUCUGCCCAUGAACUAAAAUUUUUAAUCAGAUUAAGCUUCCCUUAUUAAUGAACGUGGUUAAUGUGAACAUUUUGACAGCACA